CGCGCUCCCAGCCAUCCGAGUUCUUGUCCUGUGUAAGCCCUGGUAGACGUCUGCCCACAUCUGCCUCGUGUUCAGCCGUCACGGGGCAGCCAUAGGUGCCUUAUCUACUCCGCGGGUGAGCGAUCCAGGCCAGUCCUCUGCUUCUAUUCCGACUGGACGUGGCGACAGCCUCUCCUCGCGGCUUUCAUAACUCAGGCUCGUGUUGUCGGCGUGGCCACAGGUGGUCAUUCUUCCUCUUCAAGCCGGUAAUCUAUCAUGGGUAAAAACAGUAAUAAGAAGGGAAAGCAGAAGGCUCAAGGCGCCGAGUUCGUCAAUGCCCCGGCGUCGGCAGUUCCCCCUUCUCCCCCGCCGGCGCUGCACAUUUCGACGACUGAGGGGCAUAAUCCACGAGGUCUAGGGGGUAUUCUCGAGGAAGAGGAAGGUGACGAUGACUGGGGUGAUUCUGGUAAGAAUGACCCAUGGUCGGAGGGUGCUCCGGGGGGCUGGGAAAGUGGCGGCACAGACUGGGAGCAGCCACACAUUUCACCUCUCGCGCCUCCGCCGCCUCUGCCCAACACUCCUCCCCCACCCGGAAGCAUAUCUUUGACUAUGGCUACGGCCAUGCAAGGCGGCGGCGGUGGAGGCAAGAGAAAUCAACGCGGCGCGACUGUGGGCUGGGGUGGUGUCAGCGUUGUCGGAGAAGGUGACGAGGGCUCAUCGGCAUGGGAAGAGGAGAGCGUCAGGUCUGGAGGGUUUGGAGGAAAUCCACCAGCACCCACGGGUGCCUGGAGCACUUGGGCCAAGGAAGCUGAGGCACAACAGAAGUGGAUGCGGCCCGAUGAAGCUGAGGAAUGGGAAUCCGAAGAACACGAAGAGGAUGGUGGCUGGGAACAGAGUGGACAGCCUACCGCUGGCGGAAGCUGGAGCGUGCCACAACCACAUCCUGCGGAGACGAGCGCGACAUUUCGGAACGCGUGGCAAGCCUGGGGUGAAGAGGCAAAAAGGAUACCUAAGGUAACGCCGGCCCCCAAUGAUGUUCUACUGAGCGCACCCGAGAGCAGGUCACCUGCCCUCUCUCACAUACAGCGUUCCAAUCUCCUUUACUCUUUGCUAAACAAACCAUCGCAGACUCAGCCGACUUACCCAGUUCCUGAUGAAACGGGUUAUGUCCCAUCUCAGGCUGCUGCAAAUGAAUGGCAGCGUGCUCAUGCCCCGCCUCCACCUCCUGCGGCACUGUCGUCGUUCAACGGGAGAAAAAAGGGAAAGAAGAAACAUAAACGCAAGAAUCCCCCUCCCGAUGAUGGCUAUGGAGAAGGGAACGACACUAUUAAUUCGGAUGACUACGAGUCAAUGCACGAUGGAUGGGGCCGAAAGGUCCACUUCUCACCUAGAGCGCCGACUGGUGGACGUGCAUCUUCUGCCGUUGUCGAAAGCCUCACUGUUAAUGCCAUCCCCCCAAACCAGCUUGGACUCUCAGGGUACGACAUGCCUUCGAAAACACUCGCAUAUGCUUCUCAGGGCCUGUCAACGCCGCUUGGCAAUACACCCGUAAAGAAUACAGUGAAACAUUUUGCGGAUCCGAAUUUCAUUGAAUCGAACGGAGAGGCUUUGGUCAAUGUUCAACGAGCGCUUUACAACACACAUCGCCGAGCCAAAGACCGAUUUCACUGGCUGUUUCCGCCCAACAAGGAUGAGCGCGUUCGUGAUGUCUUGGAAUGGAUCGACAGCGUAUCCAGCAAUCUUGCUGUCUUUGGUCUCCAUAAGUUUCUUCAGACACGUGAGCGUGGCGCUCUCCUCGUCAAUGCUGAUUACAGCCCUCCAAAGCGACCGACCGAGCCAGCGGUUGAUUGGAUCGACUAUAAACAGCUUCAGACUACCAUGGACCUCAUUCUGCAAGAAUCUACGGCUUAUUACGAUCCAAGUACCCAGACGGUUGUGUUUGUUUUUCUACCGUCAAAAACAGGCAACAGCGUCGCCAUUUGGAGACGCAAGCUGGCAGUGCCCCAGAACGUCCGAUUGGAGUUGCAGGCACAGAUCACGCAGGCCGUGGCUACUCUUCGCAAAGAUUAUGCCAUUCACGUUGAUGAGAUCCCUCCGAAGAGGGAGACACCUCCGUCGUCACCUCUAAAUACAAAGAAGAAGAAAUGGUGGAAAUUCUGGCGAUCACGCUGAGUUCUUCUGCUGGCUACCGUUGUAUUUCCGCGUUUCUUGCGCUUCACCAUUGAUGAUAUCUUGACGUUUCCUACAUGUAUUAAUCUGCUGUCCGGUGGCUCACUGUGCAUUUUGCUAUCUUGCUUUCGUGUAUGCUAGGUAACUGAAUUGUAUUGCUACAACUUGAUGACAUAUAAUCUACAAGUGACUGAUCUGGCGUAUGCGAACGUCUCAUCUCAUAAUACAUUGCUGCUACUUCAUCCCAGUGCUACUUCGAUGCUGCGCGUCCCUGUGAAUGCCAAUUGUGAGACCUGGCUGGGCUUUUCAGAAGCUUUCCGUUGGUUGCCUGCUUGUGUAGCUGCAAGGCCGUGCUUCGUAGUCUCUCCACAGCGCGAUCGCUUGCUGGUGAAGAUGGCGAGCCCUGGCGAAGUUCCGCGGUGUGCACAUAUGCAGCGAUGUCUGCCAAUGAUGUUCCAAUUUGUGGUAGCACAUUCAAACGUUCUCUGACCACAGCCUGUUCCUCGACAAUCUCUGACAGUGCUCCCUGAGUUGACGUGGACGUUGCCACGUUCUGUGAGCGAAUGGCGUCAAGUUCCUGGCGGAGGUGAAGAAAGUCUCUAUUAGAUCUUUCAGCACGGGCAAGCGCUUGGGUGGUCUCUUCCUUGCGCAGCGCAUGCUCUAGAGAAGACAUCUUCGAUGUUCUCUGCAGCACAGAAAUGUGGUGGUCUAGUGCAUCUAAGCGCCGAUGCAAAGAAGAUGUCUGUCUUCGGAUGAGUAGAUAGGGCACUAGAGUGAAAGGAAGUAGGAAGCCAGCGAGCACUGCGAAAUGAAAUGUGGCAGGGUAUUCGUUGGGCUGUUUAACGAUAGUUGAAGGCAUGGUCUGUGCCGAGUCUAGUGCGGUAGCAUGGCUCAAAGACGGGCUGGGGUGCUCAGCCGGUGUGUUCGUCAUCGGGAGACGGUCGC